GAGCUUGGAGAGUUUGAAACUUUUGGUUAAAGGUGGAGUCAUGUAACACUAACUCCUGUAACCGAUCUGGGAAGAGAGGCGGCGAGGAACCGGACCACCACUUCUUCAAUUAUUCACGGCAGUAAAUCCCUUUAUUAUUAUAUAUUUCUCUCCUUGUAGACAUCUCCUCCAGCUUUUUGUUAGAAGGUUUAGAAGUCCUAGGGUUAUAAGUGGUCUCAUGAGAUGGCCGCCACGAACAGUUGUACUCCGAUGGAGAUUUGAGGAGGUUGCGGAGUUGAUCGCGCAUUUGACGGCCCCCGGUGUCCUGCUUUGAAACGUCGACAAGAAGAGAACAUGGACUCCUUCAGCACGAAGAACCUGGCCAUGCAGGCCCAGAAGAAGCUCAUGAGCAAGAUGGCAACCAAGGCAAUGGCCAACCUGUUCAUCGACGACACGAGCAGCGAGGUGCUGGAUGAGCUGUACCGCGCUACCAAGGAGUACACGCGCAACCGCAAAGAGGCGCAGAAGAUCAUCAAGAAUCUCAUCAAGAUGGUGGUGAAACUGGGCGUGCUCUACCGCAACGGGCAGUUCAGCAGCGAGGAGCUCCUGCUGGUCGAGCGCUUCCGCAAGAAAGUGCACACUCUGGCCAUGACGGCAGUCAGCUUCCAUCAGAUCGACUUCACCUUCGAUCGGCGGGUCAUGAGCAGCCUCCUGAACGACUGCCGCGAGCUGCUGCACCAAGCCAUCAACAGGCACCUCACGGCCAAAUCGCACGCCCGCAUCAACCACGUCUUCAACCACUUCUCCGACUGCGACUUCCUCGCGGCGCUCUACAGCCCCUCCGAGGUCUACCGCGCCCACCUGCAGAGGAUCUGUGACGGAGUCAAUAAAAUGCUGGACGAAGGCAACCUUUGACCCCUCCGCCUUUCGCAUAUUACAUUACGCCGGGUUCAUAUUGUACGUGAAUUGUUCACGUUGUUAUAUAUAUUUUCGUUUCGCCACACACGUGAAAAACUUUGACUCGUCGUUCUUCUUUCUCCGGGUGGGCUGGACAGCUGCAGGAUCCUCACUCGCUCACAUCUGGAAGGAUUAAUUCAGGGACGCCGGGUCGAGAUUUAACAUCAGCACGCACUCUUCUUCUUGACGAGAAGUUUUGUAUCAUGUAAUUUCAUUCAGCGUAAAAAUUAUAAACCGAAGAUGAUCUUAUUCUCUCUUUUGAGUUAGAUCUAGGAUUAUAUUGUACACUUUCAUUUUCCGGCUGGAGAAAUAACACAUCAGCUUCCAAUUGUCUUCAAAAGCCCAAUCUGUCAAUGCAAACUUUCUUUUGUUUUUUUUCUUUAAAGCCUUCUCGUGUUUUAAAACCCGUAUGAGUCACGUGAGGAUGCAGGAACAGAAUUUGCAGAGAAACCGGUUUGGUGAAUUCUGAAUUGAUCGUGUAUAAUUACGUCCACGUCACGUUUUUUUUAAAUGUUUUUUUAUUUAUUUUUUUUAUUUUAAUUGCAUUUAAUUAUUCUUUGAUGUGAGAGAUACAUCCUGAUGCAGUUCCUUGUUGGGAAUGAAGGCAAAAUUUCACUGCAUUUUUUUUUUUUUUUUUUUUUUUUUUUUUAAAUUAGUAUUAUUUCAUAUUUUUAUUACUGAGACACCAUUUUUUUUGUGUUUGAUCAUAUUUUUGUGUGUGUGGCGGUCAGUGUGUCACGACAUUCACCUCCAUGGCGCUGAUUUAGUCACGGUUAAAAUGAAGCUAUUCAGCAAAAGCAGAUUUUUACUCUACGUACACAAAGGAACCUCUGCGUGAGUGCUGUGAUGGUGGUGGGGCGAUAAUGUUUCCAGCAGUUGAAGAUAUCCGACGUAAGAGUUGAUUUUAAACCUUAAACCACUUACAUUUCCUUGAUCACUUGAGCAGCUGUUGAAUGAAGGACAGCAGUAAGUCUGAUUAUCUCUGUAGGCUGGGUGUUGAACACUGCUGCAUGAAGAGAUCCUGCCCACUUCUUCAAUGUUUUCUUGCAUCUCUCUAACCAAACGUAGAUGUUAGUACGGCUCACCAUCCAAAGAUCAAUGUUUUAUAGUGUGCAUGCACUUAUUAGUGUUGUAAUAAUCUUUUUUAUUAUUAUUAUUAUUAUUAUUAUUAUUAUUAUUAUUAUUAUUAUAUAUGUGAAAAUUGUCUUGAAUGUGUCCCUACAUGACCCUCAAUGUAAUGGUCAUGAAGGCAACAAGCUUAAAGCUGAGACAUAAAACCAACCUAAUAGUAAACACAGCAUUUCUACUCAGGAAUGAAGCUGCCUCCUACACAAGAGCCCGGAAAUUUCCUACUCCCAAACAAAUGUCUUCCAGUUGUCCUGGUUUUAUCCUUUUUGUCCCUUAUAUUGAUUUGUUAGUGUGUUUUUAUUUUUUUGGGGGUUUGUUUUUUUUUCCGUCCGAUGUGCCUUUCGAAAUUUGUUGUAUAUAAGUACAUAUAUACAGUAUAUAUAAAGGAAAUCUUGAUUUUAA